AUACAGAAUCUAUACAGAUUGUUUUCCCAUAAGCUUGACACCAUGACUAUAAGCACAGUGAGAACUGAGAAGGGCAAUGUCUCCUGUGAGACUUCAGAGGGAACCGUGGUGAACAUCAGCAUUACCCAGCGUUCUGCCCUGGACUGCUUGUUGGAUACCUUCCGAUUCUUCCGGGACAUGAAGAAAAGUGGGCAAAAGACAGAGCCCUCCCGUGUGUCUGGUGCAGCCCAACUAGGCUUUGGGGUUGCCUACAUUUCCUUGGGUUUGUUGUCUGUAAUGUUGGCCAUUAUUAUAGCCAUUGUACAGCCAGACUGGAGGGUCUUCUAUUCGGGGGUCCACUUCUGGGUAGGAUUUCCGUUCCUUGUAUCUGGAAUCCUGAAUCUUGUGGCUUACAAGUAUCGUCAAAAAUUCUGGAUGGCACUUGCCUUUAUUUCCAUCUUAGUCGACUUUGGCGUGUCUAUUGCGGGCAUAGUCAUCGAAGCUGGUGACGUUGAUAGGUUAAGCUGGCAUUUCUCUGAAGACAUUUGUUCUAAUCUCCGUAAUAGACGUAGGAAUUACUGGGAACCAACAACUGCUCCGAGAUAUGACUACGGAUCUGACUAUGAACUGGAGAGAUGCAAAGCUGAAAUGCAGAGCUACAAGAAUCUACAAACUGGUUUGAUAAUAAUGACUCUGCUGAUGAUGAUCUGGGGUCUCUGCCUCUCAAUCCUUCAUGUGGGCUGUAAGGUGAGGUCCUGCUACCGUUCCUGCAAACUGGAGAGAACAGAGGAGGAAGACGAUGCCCUGAUAAAACCAAAUCCCUCUGAUGACAUCAUCAUUGCCUAAGGAGAAGACAUAAUCCACUAUAAAAGAUUUACCGUAGCUUAAAUCAGUAACUAUUAAGCUUAGACAAUCUUAUAUUUUGUCAUUAUUUUCAAUGUAACUAUUACCGUACUUUACCAUUGUUUGAAGCUUUGGUAAGAACUUUAGCAAUCUUGAUUUCAUUUAGAAACAAUUUUUUUUUGUUUUGUUAAUCCAGCACCAAGUGCUCCAGAAGCUUUGAUAAUAGAGAGAAAUGUUUCCAUGUCAAAUUAUUAUGUAAGACUACCUGAUCGUCCAGCACAGGUGACGCUGACAUAUAUGUACUUCAGUGGCCUAAUUGCUAUGCCUCACAUUGAGAAAUCUACCACAUCACCCCACAGGAUCAUUCCAGAAUGCAGCCCAAAGAAUCCACCACCAGAUCCAAUGAGUCGCCCCCGAAUCCUUUUGGGUCCUGUCGCGAAAUCCAAGUGCCUUCCCACUGCAAAUGACACUGUAUGGCGGUCUUCAAAUUAACUUCAGCCACAAGCAAUCUGUUGUAAUGGUUUCCUGAUGGUUUUAUUAAUAAGCCAUCUGCUCGUAGGUGAAGUUAAUUUCUUGCAGCCACAAUGCAAAUGCCACAUGUGAACCUGGCCCUAAGAAUGUGUGCGUUUUUUUAAACUCCAGUAGUACUAGACUUCUGAUAUACAUUACCACAUUUAUAAUCAAAUAUAUACUUGUCAUGUGUACCUUGCAUAAUAAAAUGUAAAAAAUUGG